ACAAAAAGCGGUCAAUUAUGCAAAAAGUCAUUGUGAAAGUAAUAGUUAUAAUCCAAACUAUCCACGCACACUUGGUAAUGAUUGUACAAAUUUUGUUUCGCAAGUUUUACACUAUGGUGGUAUUCCUAAAUCCGCCAAAUGGUGGUGUAGACGUAAGCGUCCUAAUGAUACAUGUUUGCCUGGCGGAAUUCCUUAUCCUAUCACCUGUGAUAAAAAUCAUGAAUUUAUAUUUACAAAAACAUGGACGGUUGUGGGUAAACUCUAUAACUACCUUAUUGAAAAUCAGUUGGCAAGAGAGUGUAAACUUGAAGAAUUGCAAGUGGGUGAUGUCAUUCAAUACGGGAAUGUUAGUUGGAGGCAUUCAGCCGUAGUCAAA